UACUAAUAUGUACUGCCACAUCUACCACCCUGCCUAUAAAGUACCAAGCUUAUUGUUUCAAUUUUCUAAGUCAAAAUCUCAUUUACAAGCAUGGCAAAUCAAAGAGUUUUCACUCUCUCACAGAUCUCCAACCACAAGUCCAACAAAGACUGUUUGCUUGUGAUCAACGGCAGAGUGUUGGAUGUGACAAAGUUCUUGGAGGAACAUCCAGGAGGAGAAGAAGUGAUAGUAGAGGUUGCAGGGAAGGAUGCAACAAAGGAGUUUGAUGCUGUUGGACACAGUAAAGUAGCUCAAAACUUAGUCCUAAAAUACCAAGUGGGUGUACUUGAAGGUGCCACGGUUGAAAAAGUUGAUGGUAAGGAUGUUGUUGAGGACAAUGAACCAAGGAGCAAAGAAAUGAGUGCUUUUGUGAUCAAAGAGGACAGUACGUCCAAAACUGUGACAUUUCUCGAGUUCUUUGUUCCAAUUAUUUUUGCUUGUAUCUAUUUUGGUUACCGCCUCAUCACCAUAGCAGACACUGUUGAUUACUAGAUCAAAUCACAAGAAAAUUUGUGGUCACAAGAUUUAGGCACACCAUUUAGGUGGACGGACAAAAAAGAAAAAAAUGUAUGAGUAUGUAUUUUUAUUGAGGUGACCACCAAAAUAUUUCUCUCAAGUCAUCCUAUUGAAACUUUGUUUUUGAAGGUGAUAAUGGGAAAUCGUUUUAAUUCGUGUUUUUUUAUUAACAAAUGUUACUGUUUUAAUUGU